GAAGGCAGUUGUAACGUUAUUGUUUUGUCUCUAUUUGGCGGGAAAUAUUGCGCGCGAGCAACAAGAAAUAGCGCGGGAAACGGCCGAGAGUAAAUACGAUCAUCUUUUAUUACCGAACCGGUCCGCAAACGAAAAACAGAUUUUUUCCCGCCACGUGAUUGCCAAAGAAAUGAGCAUAAACCGGUUAAUCGACGUAUGAGCAAAAUUUGGCGGCAACAUCACCUGUCCCGAUUGGCCAUCACGGUCAUGUGCCGCAUUGUGUUGGCAAAUGGGCCAAUCAGAGAAAUGAGAACCGGAGCCUCGAUGACUGAGAAUCAGCAAUCCGAAACCGUUUGCUAACUUGUCGUCAGAAGGUGAUCAAAAGUAAACGAUAAUGGAACCUGAGCAUAAAUCGCCUGUAAUCACCAUGCCACUCCAAGUUUCGCAAAAAGAGAAUGUUUCCCGAAAACUGGAAAGUCUGCAAAUCAAGGAAAAUGUUUCUCCAAAGAAGAUCUGCAUCUCUCCAAACUUCCAACAGAACGUGAAUGGAAAGCCUGAAGUACAGAAUGUUGACAAAUCUAAGGCAGUGAGGAAAAUUGAUCUCAAGGAAAACACCUUCAACCCAGAACUGGAACCACUGCUUAGAGAUAAUCCUCAGAGAUUCGUCAUAUUCCCGAUUCAAUGGCCGGACAUUUGGAAAAUGUAUAAAAAGGCAGAAGCCUCAUUUUGGACAGUCGAAGAAGUAGAUUUAUCCAAAGACAUGACGGACUGGAAUGAUCUAAAGGACAGUGAGCGUCAUUUCAUAUCUCAUGUCCUGGCAUUUUUCGCGGCAUCGGAUGGAAUCGUCAACGAAAAUCUAGUCGAGCGUUUCAGCCAGGAAGUGACUGUAACAGAAGCCAGGUGCUUUUACGGCUUUCAAAUAGCCAUGGAAAAUGUUCAUUCAGAGAUGUACUCGCUGCUCAUAGACACUUACAUCAGUGACGCAAAACAAAGAGACUUCCUGUUCAAUGCCAUUGAAAACCUUCCCUGUGUCGCUAAGAAGGCAAACUGGGCGCUCAACUGGAUAAACAACGACAGCGCAAACUUCGGUGAGCGAGUCGUUGCCUUUGCAGCGGUCGAAGGGAUCUUCUUCAGUGGAAGUUUCGCCUCCAUAUUCUGGCUCAAAAAGCGUGGAUUGAUGCCAGGUCUGACCUUCAGCAACGAGCUCAUUUCCAGGGACGAGGGAUUGCAUUGCGACUUUGCUUGUCUCAUGUUCCAACACAUCGUCCAAAAACCCUCCCAACAACGAGUCACUUCCAUCAUCAGAGACGCCGUCGUUAUCGAACAGGAAUUCUUGACUGACGCCCUUCCCGUCGCUAUGCUGGGAAUGAACUGCGAGCUCAUGUGUCGCUACAUCGAAUUCGUCGCUGACAGACUCCUCGUCGAACUCGGCUGCCCGAAGAUAUACAACUCCGAGAAUCCGUUCGAUUUCAUGGAAAACAUAUCGCUAGAAGGUAAGACUAAUUUCUUCGAGAAGAAGGUCGGAGAAUACCAAAAAUGGGGCGUGAUGAGAGAGAAGAACAAGAGUGAGUUCACAAUAGAUGCAGAUUUUUAAAAAGAAAGAAAAUUACACCAUUAAAGCGAACAAUCAGAGUGAAAGUAAAUUAUUUCAUACUCAAUUUGUGUAAGCAGUAGCUGAAUUAUAAACGAAUGUGUAAAACAUGUCGAUAUGAACUCGGUCAAACUUGUCUCUGAAAAUUCGUUGGUAAUAACUAAUUGACUUCGAAAUUAUAAUGUAGGAUAGAAGAUUCGGGAUCUUGUAAACCUUUGUAGAUUUUGUAAAAAGAAUACCAGUUACACGCAAUAUUCGAAUUAUUUACGUUUAGAGUAUAAUUAUUUUCUAAUUCGGAACCCGGGAAAAGUUCAUGAAAGUAGUAUUCGGCAAUUGAAUAGAAAUGAAUUUUUCCCCAUUACUUGAUCUAUCGAAUAUCGUUUAAAAACGAAACUUUAAUAUAGUCUAGCAUUUAGUGUGUUUUGAAAUAUUAUCAGACGCGUUCUUAAGAUAAACGAUUAUUUGUACACGUUUUUUCCUAUCUGUGUUGAUUAUUAUUGGUUUCUUUCUUACUUUUUUCAUACAUAAAUUGUAAAUGAUACUGCAUCACAGUUGACUUGAUAUUUUCGAUAACACCGCAAAUUAGUAUGAUUCGUAUGAACAAGAUUGGCUUUCUGUAUUGUAUUUUUUUCUUGACUGCGAACUCGUAAAAAUUUCAAAUAGCAUUCGCUUCAUUUGUUUGUUGUAUUUUUCACGAUGUGUGUUUUACCUAAUCACGCCGUACAAUUUGAAUAACGACAGUAUUUUUCACGACUAUGAUAGAUAAGUUAAUAAGUAAGUUAAGUACUAUUACCAUUACCUGUGCAUAUACAAUAUAAACACAUGUAAUAUUGUUAAUUACUUACAAAUUUUAUAAAAUAAUACACGAUAAUAAUUACCUUCAUGUGUUCAGAA